GUUCUAAAACUGGCAGUUUCAACAAAGUUGUCAUAUCAGACUGUGACACAACAAAGAAUGAAUGCGUACUUAAACGCAAUACAACAGCUUCGAUCACAAUUAAUUUUGCGCUAAAUGAGGAAGCCUCUAAAAUUACAACUGUAGUGCAUGGCAAAGUAUUGGGCGUAGAGAUGCCCUUCCAUUUACAGAAUCCCGAUGCCUGUGUUGAUAGUGGACUCAAGUGCCCGCUGGAGAAGGGUGAAACCUACGAAUAUAAAGCUAUUUUGCCGGUGCUAAAGGCUUAUCCAAAGGUCCAUGUACUAGUCAAAUGGGAAUUACAGGACCAAAACAAUGAAGACAUCAUUUGUGUACAAAUACCAGCUAAAAUACAGUAAAUAUAAUUGAAGGAAUAUUUAAGUAUGAAAAAAAAAACUUGUCAAACAUAUUAAGCAACGGUAAUUUGACGGUUGGCAAUGGAGUUGCGACUUGAAGUAAGAAAAAAUAAAAAUAAUCA